AUGACUACUUAUCCUGGGAGUUCCAGAGUUCUGUCUUUUGUUCGCUCUGUUUGGCAAGACUUUAAAAACAGUAACGGGUUUGAUGCUUAUUUGCUUGGAGAUAUUCAGGUUCUCAGUGCUGUCCCUGGAUUCGUGGAAUGCUCAUUGAAAUUGGAAAACUACCAUUUGAACAGAAUGGGGAAUUUGCAUGGAGGAUGCAUUGCCGCCCUUACUGACUUGGGUGGAAGUUUGGCUCUUGCAAGUCGAGGAUUGUUUGUUUCUGGUGUUUCAAUUGAUAUGAAUCAGACAUUUCUGAAAAGUGGAGGAACUCUUGGUUCACAGAUUCUCUUUCAUGCCAAAUGUGACCGACUUGGUUCCAACAUUGCUUUUACGAGUGUUGACUUUUUAACCGAAACCCAGGAAACUUUUGCUAAGGGAAGACACACUAAAUUUGUUCGUAACGCUUUAAAUGACCCUAGAAACUCUCUCGACUUAAACUGA